AUGGAGGCGCGCUUUGAGUCGACUCACGGGUCACGUGAGGCGGGGCGACAAGGGCACGGAGAUGGAGACGGAGGGGUGCGUGGGGCUCAGUGCGGCGCCGAGAUGGCGAUGGAGGCGCGCCGCCUCGAGUCGACUCACGGGCCACGUGAGGCGGGGCGACAAGGGCACGGAGAUGGAGACGGAGGGGUGCGUGGGGCUCAGUGCGGCGCCGAGAUGGCGAUGGCGGCGCGCCGCCUCGAGUCGACUCACGGGCCACGUGAGGCGGGGCGACAAGGGCACGGAGAUGGAGACGGAGGGGUGCGUGGGGCUCAGUGCGGCGCCGAGAUGGCGAUGGCGGCGCGCCGCCUCGAGUCGACUCACGGGCCACGUGAGGCGGGGCGACAAGGGCACGGAGAUGGAGACGGAGGGGUGCGUGGGGCUCAGUGCGGCGCCGAGAUGGCGAUGGCGGCGCGCCGCCUCGAGUCGACUCACGGGCCACGUGAGGCGGGGCGACAAGGGCACCGAGAUGGAGACGGAGGGGUGCGUGGGGCUCAGUGCGGCGCCGAGAUGGCGAUGGAGGCGCGCCGCCUCGAGUCGACUCACGGGCCACGUGAGGCGGGGCCACAAGGGCACCGAGAUGGAGACGGACGGGUGCGUGGGGCUCAGUGCGGCGCCGAGAUGGCGAUGGCGGCGCGCCGCCUCGAGUCGACUCACGGGCCACGUGAGGCGGGGCCACAAGGGCACCGAGAUGGAGCCGGACGGGUGCGUGGGGCUCAGUGCGGCGCCGAGAUGGCGAUGGCGGCGCGCCGCCUCGAGUCGACUCACGGGCCACGUGAGGCGGGGCCACAAGGGCACCGAGAUGGAGACGGAGGGGUGCGUGGGGCUCAGUGCGGCGCCGAGAUGGCGAUGGCGGCGCGCCGCCUCGAGUCGACUCACGGGCCACGUGAGGCGGGGCCACAAGGGCACCGAGAUGGAGACGGAGGGGUGCGUGGGGCUCAGUGCGGCGCCGAGAUGGCGAUGGAGGCGCGCCGCCUCGAGUCGACUCACGGGCCACGUGAGGCGGGGCCACAAGGGCACCGAGAUGGAGACGGAGGGGUGCGUGGGGCUCAGUGCGGCGCCGAGAUGGCGAUGGAGGCGCGCCGCCUCGAGUCGACUCACGGGCCACGUGAGGCGGGGCGACAAGGGCACGGAGAUGGAGACGGAGGGGUGCGUGGGGCUCAGUGCGGCGCCGAGAUGGCGAUGGAGGCGCGCCGCCUCGAGUCGACUCACGGGCCACGUGAGGCGGGGCGACAAGGGCACGGAGAUGGAGACGGAGGGGUGCGUGGGGCUCAGUGCGGCGCCGAGAUGGCGAUGGAGGCGCGCCGCCUCGAGUCGACUCACGGGCCACGUGAGGCGGGGCGACAAGGGCACGGAGAUGGAGACGGAGGGGUGCGUGGGGCUCAGUGCGGCGCCGAGAUGGCGAUGGAGGCGCGCCGCCUCGAGUCGACUCACGGGCCACGUGAGGCGGGGCGACAAGGGCACGGAGAUGGAGACGGAGGGGUGCGUGGGGCUCAGUGCGGCGCCGAGAUGGCGAUGGCGGCGCGCCGCCUCGAGUCGACUCACGGGCCACGCGAGGCGGGGCGACAAGGGCACGGAGAUGGAGACGGAGGGGUGCGUGGGGCUCAGUGCGGCGCCGAGAUGGCGAUGGCGGCGCGCCGCCUCGAGUCGACUCACGGGCCACGCGAGGCGGGGCGACAAGGGCACGGAGAUGGAGACGGAGGGGUGCGUGGGGCUCAGUGCGGCGCCGAGAUGGCGAUGGCGGCGCGCCGCCUCGAGUCGACUCACGGGCCACGCGAGGCGGGGCGACAAGGGCACGGAGAUGGAGACGGAGGGGUGCGUGGGGCGCAGUGCGGCGCCGAGAUGGCGAUGGCGGCGCGCCGCCUCGAGUCGACUCACGGGCCACGCGAGGCGGGGCGACAAGAGCACGGAGAUGGAGACGGAGGGGUGCGUGGGGCUCAGUGCGGCGCCGAGAUGGCGAUGGCGGCGCGCCGCCUCGAGUCGACUCACGGGCCACGCGAGGCGGGGCGACAAGGGCACGGAGAUGGAGACGGAGGGGUGCGUGGGGCUCAGUGCGGCGCCGAGAUGGCGAUGGCGGCGCGCCGCCUCGAGUCGACUCACGGGCCACGCGAGGCGGGGCGACAAGGGCACGGAGAUGGAGACGGAGGGGUGCGUGGGGCUCAGUGCGGCGCCGAGAUGGCGAUGGCGGCGCGCCGCCUCGAGUCGACUCACGGGCCACGCGAGGCGGGGCCACAAGGGCACGGAGAUGGAGACGGAGGGGUGCGUGGGGCUCAGUGCGGCGCCGAGAUGGCGAUGGCGGCGCGCCGCCUCGAGUCGACUCACGGGCCACGCGAGGCGGGGCCACAAGGGCACGGAGAUGGAGACGGAGGGGUGCGUGGGGCUCAGUGCGGCGCCGAGAUGGCGAUGGCGGCGCGCCGCCUCGAGUCGACUCACGGGCCACGCGAGGCGGGGCCACAAGGGCACGGAGAUGGAGACGGAGGGGUGCGUGGGGCUCAGUGCGGCGCCGAGAUGGCGAUGGCGGCGCGCCGCCUCGAGUCGACUCACGGGCCACGCGAGGCGGGGCCACAAGGGCACGGAGAUGGAGACGGAGGGGUGCGUGGGGCUCAGUGCGGCGCCGAGAUGGCGAUGGCGGCGCGCCGCCUCGAGUCGACUCACGGGCCACGCGAGGCGGGGCCACAAGGGCACGGAGAUGGAGACGGAGGGGUGCGUGGGGCUCAGUGCGGCGCCGAGAUGGCGAUGGCGGCGCGCCGCCUCGAGUCGACUCACGGGCCACGCGAGGCGGGGCCACAAGGGCACGGAGAUGGAGACGGAGGGGUGCGUGGGGCUCAGUGCGGCGCCGAGAUGGCGAUGGCGGCGCGCCGCCUCGAGUCGACUCACGGGCCACGCGAGGCGGGGCGACAAGGGCACGGAGAUGGAGACGGAGGGGUGCGUGGGGCUCAGUGCGGCGCCGAGAUGGCGAUGGCGGCGCGCCGCCUCGAGUCGACUCACGGGCCACGCGAGGCGGGGCGACAAGGGCACGGAGAUGGAGACGGAGGGGUGCGUGGGGCUCAGUGCGGCGCCGAGAUGGCGAUGGCGGCGCGCCGCCUCGAGUCGACUCACGGGCCACGCGAGGCGGGGCGACAAGGGCACGGAGAUGGAGACGGAGGGGUGCGUGGGGCUCAGUGCGGCGCCGAGAUGGCGAUGGCGGCGCGCCGCCUCGAGUCGACUCACGGGCCACGUGAGGCGGGGCGACAAGGGCACGGAGAUGGAGACGGAGGGGUGCGUGGGGCUCAGUGCGGCGCCGAGAUGGCGAUGGCGGCGCGCCGCCUCGAGUCGACUCACGGGCCACGUGAGGCGGGGCGACAAGGGCACGGAGAUGGAGACGGAGGGGUGCGUGGGGCUCAGUGCGGCGCCGAGAUGGCGAUGGCGGCGCGCCGCCUCGAGUCGACUCACGGGCCACGUGAGGCGGGGCGACAAGGGCACGGAGAUGGAGACGGAGGGGUGCGUGGGGCUCAGUGCGGCGCCGAGAUGGCGAUGGAGGCGCGCCGCCUCGAGUCGACUCACGGGCCACGUGAGGCGGGGCGACAAGACAAGGGCACGGAGAUGGAGACGGAGGGGUGCGUGGGGCUCAGUGCGGCGCCGAGAUGGCGAUGGAGGCGCGCCGCCUCGAGUCGACUCACGGGCCACGUGAGGCGGGGCGACAAGGGCACGGAGAUGGAGACGGAGGGGUGCGUGGGGCUCAGUGCGGCGCCGAGAUGGCGAUGGAGGCGCGCCGCCUCGAGUCGACUCACGGGCCACGUGAGGCGGGGCGACAAGGGCACGGAGAUGGAGACGGAGGGGUGCGUGGGGCUCAGUGCGGCGCCGAGAUGGCGAUGGAGGCGCGCCGCCUCGAGUCGACUCACGGGCCACGUGAGGCGGGGCGACAAGGGCACGGAGAUGGAGACGGAGGGGUGCGUGGGGCUCAACGGAGGGGUGCGUGGGGCUCAGUGCGGCGCCGAGAUGGCGAUGGCGGCGCGCCGCCUCGAGUCGACUCACGGGCCACGCGAGGCGGGGCCACAAGGGCACGGAGAUGGAGACGGAGGGGUGCGUGGGGCUCAGUGCGGCGCCGAGAUGGCGAUGGCGGCGCGCCGCCUCGAGUCGACUCACGGGCCACGCGAGGCGGGGCCACAAGGGCACCGAGAUGGAGACGGAGGGGUGCGUGGGGCUCAGUGCGGCGCCGAGAUGGCGAUGGCGGCGCGCCGCCUCGAGUCGACUCACGGGCCACGCGAGGCGGGGCCACAAGGGCACCGAGAUGGAGACGGAGGGGUGCGUGGGGCUCAGUGCGGCGCCGAGAUGGCGAUGGCGGCGCGCCGCCUCGAGUCGACUCACGGGCCACGCGAGGCGGGGCCACAAGGGCACGGAGAUGGAGACGGAGGGGUGCGUGGGGCUCAGUGCGGCGCCGAGAUGGCGAUGGCGGCGCGCCGCCUCGAGUCGACUCACGGGCCACGCGAGGCGGGGCCACAAGGGCACGGAGAUGGAGACGGAGGGGUGCGUGGGGCUCAGUGCGGCGCCGAGAUGGCGAUGGCGGCGCGCCGCCUCGAGUCGACUCACGGGCCACGCGAGGCGGGGCCACAAGGGCACGGAGAUGGAGACGGAGGGGUGCGUGGGGCUCAGUGCGGCGCCGAGAUGGCGAUGGCGGCGCGCCGCCUCGAGUCGACUCACGGGCCACGCGAGGCGGGGCCACAAGGGCACGGAGAUGGAGACGGAGGGGUGCGUGGGGCUCAGUGCGGCGCCGAGAUGGCGAUGGCGGCGCGCCGCCUCGAGUCGACUCACGGGCCACGCGAGGCGGGGCCACAAGGGCACCGAGAUGGAGACGGAGGGGUGCGUGGGGCUCAGUGCGGCGCCGAGAUGGCGAUGGCGGCGCGCCGCCUCGAGUCGACUCACGGGCCACGCGAGGCGGGGCCACAAGGGCACCGAGAUGGAGACGGAGGGGUGCGUGGGGCUCAGUGCGGCGCCGAGAUGGCGAUGGAGGCGCGCCGCCUCGAGUCGACUCACGGGCCACGUGAGGCGGGGCGACAAGGGCACGGAGAUGGAGACGGAGGGGUGCGUGGGGCUCAGUGCGGCGCCGAGAUGGCGAUGGAGGCGCGCCGCCUCGAGUCGACUCACGGGCCACGUGAGGCGGGGCGACAAGGGCACGGAGAUGGAGACGGAGGGGUGCGUGGGGCUCAGUGCGGCGCCGAGAUGGCGAUGGAGGCGCGCCGCCUCGAGUCGACUCACGGGCCACGUGAGGCGGGGCGACAAGGGCACGGAGAUGGAGACGGAGGGGUGCGUGGGGCUCAGUGCGGCGCCGAGAUGGCGAUGGAGGCGCGCCGCCUCGAGUCGACUCACGGGCCACGUGAGGCGGGGCGACAAGGGCACGGAGAUGGAGACGGAGGGGUGCGUGGGGCUCAGUGCGGCGCCGAGAUGGCGAUGGAGGCGCGCCGCCUCGAGUCGACUCACGGGCCACGUGAGGCGGGGCGACAAGGGCACGGAGAUGGAGACGGAGGGGUGCGUGGGGCUCAGUGCGGCGCCGAGAUGGCGAUGGAGGCGCGCCGCCUCGAGUCGACUCACGGGCCACGCGAGGCGGGGCCACAAGGGCACCGAGAUGGAGACGGAGGGGUGCGUGGGGCUCAGUGCGGCGCCGAGAUGGCGAUGGCGGCGCGCCGCCUCGAGUCGACUCACGGGCCACGCGAGGCGGGGCCACAAGGGCACCGAGAUGGAGACGGAGGGGUGCGUGGGGCUCAGUGCGGCGCCGAGAUGGCGAUGGCGGCGCGCCGCCUCGAGUCGACUCACGGGCCACGCGAGGCGGGGCCACAAGGGCACGGAGAUGGAGACGGAGGGGUGCGUGGGGCUCAGUGCGGCGCCGAGAUGGCGAUGGCGGCGCGCCGCCUCGAGUCGACUCACGGGCCACGCGAGGCGGGGCCACAAGGGCACGGAGAUGGAGACGGAGGGGUGCGUGGGGCUCAGUGCGGCGCCGAGAUGGCGAUGGCGGCGCGCCGCCUCGAGUCGACUCACGGGCCACGCGAGGCGGGGCCACAAGGGCACGGAGAUGGAGACGGAGGGGUGCGUGGGGCUCAGUGCGGCGCCGAGAUGGCGAUGGCGGCGCGCCGCCUCGAGUCGACUCACGGGCCACGCGAGGCGGGGCCACAAGGGCACGGAGAUGGAGACGGAGGGGUGCGUGGGGCUCAGUGCGGCGCCGAGAUGGCGAUGGCGGCGCGCCGCCUCGAGUCGACUCACGGGCCACGCGAGGCGGGGCCACAAGGGCACGGAGAUGGAGACGGAGGGGUGCGUGGGGCUCAGUGCGGCGCCGAGAUGGCGAUGGCGGCGCGCCGCCUCGAGUCGACUCACGGGCCACGCGAGGCGGGGCGACAAGGGCACGGAGAUGGAGACGGAGGGGUGCGUGGGGCUCAGUGCGGCGCCGAGAUGGCGAUGGCGGCGCGCCGCCUCGAGUCGACUCACGGGCCACGCGAGGCGGGGCGACAAGGGCACGGAGAUGGAGACGGAGGGGUGCGUGGGGCUCAGUGCGGCGCCGAGAUGGCGAUGGCGGCGCGCCGCCUCGAGUCGACUCACGGGCCACGGGAGGCGGGGCGACAAGGGCACGGAGAUGGAGACGGAGGGGUGCGUGGGGCUCAGUGCGGCGCCGAGAUGGCGAUGGAGGCGCGCCGCCUCGAGUCGACUCACGGGCCACGUGAGGCGGGGCGACAAGGGCACGGAGAUGGAGACGGAGGGGUGCGUGGGGCUCAGUGCGGCGCCGAGAUGGCGAUGGCGGCGCGCCGCCUCGAGUCGACUCACGGGCCACGUGAGGCGGGGCGACAAGGGCACGGAGAUGGAGACGGAGGGGUGCGUGGGGCUCAGUGCGGCGCCGAGAUGGCGAUGGCGGCGCGCCGCCUCGAGUCGACUCACGGGCCACGUGAGGCGGGGCCACAAGGGCACGGAGAUGGAGACGGAGGGGUGCGUGGGGCUCAGUGCGGCGCCGAGAUGGCGAUGGAGGCGCGCCGCCUCGAGUCGACUCACGGGCCACGUGAGGCGGGGCCACAAGGGCACGGAGAUGGAGACGGAGGGGUGCGUGGGGCUCAGUGCGGCGCCGAGAUGGCGAUGGAGGCGCGCCGCCUCGAGUCGACUCACGGGCCACGUGAGGCGGGGCCACAAGGGCACGGAGAUGGAGACGGAGGGGUGCGUGGGGCUCAGUGCGGCGCCGAGAUGGCGAUGGCGGCGCGCCGCCUCGAGUCGACUCACGGGCCACGCGAGGCGGGGCCACAAGGGCACGGAGAUGGAGACGGAGGGGUGCGUGGGGCUCAGUGCGGCGCCGAGAUGGCGAUGGCGGCGCGCCGCCUCGAGUCGACUCACGGGCCACGCGAGGCGGGGCCACAAGGGCACGGAGAUGGAGACGGAGGGGUGCGUGGGGCUCAGUGCGGCGCCGAGAUGGCGAUGGCGGCGCGCCGCCUCGAGUCGACUCACGGGCCACGCGAGGCGGGGCCACAAGGGCACGGAGAUGGAGACGGAGGGGUGCGUGGGGCUCAGUGCGGCGCCGAGAUGGCGAUGGCGGCGCGCCGCCUCGAGUCGACUCACGGGCCACGCGAGGCGGGGCCACAAGGGCACGGAGAUGGAGACGGAGGGGUGCGUGGGGCUCAGUGCGGCGCCGAGAUGGCGAUGGCGGCGCGCCGCCUCGAGUCGACUCACGGGCCACGCGAGGCGGGGCCACAAGGGCACCGAGAUGGAGACGGAGGGGUGCGUGGGGCUCAGUGCGGCGCCGAGAUGGCGAUGGCGGCGCGCCGCCUCGAGUCGACUCACGGGCCACGCGAGGCGGGGCCACAAGGGCACGGAGAUGGAGACGGAGGGGUGCGUGGGGCUCAGUGCGGCGCCGAGAUGGCGAUGGCGGCGCGCCGCCUCGAGUCGACUCACGGGCCACGCGAGGCGGGGCCACAAGGGCACGGAGAUGGAGACGGAGGGGUGCGUGGGGCUCAGUGCGGCGCCGAGAUGGCGAUGGCGGCGCGCCGCCUCGAGUCGACUCACGGGCCACGCGAGGCGGGGCCACAAGGGCACGGAGAUGGAGACGGAGGGGUGCGUGGGGCUCAGUGCGGCGCCGAGAUGGCGAUGGCGGCGCGCCGCCUCGAGUCGACUCACGGGCCACGCGAGGCGGGGCCACAAGGGCACGGAGAUGGAGACGGAGGGGUGCGUGGGGCUCAGUGCGGCGCCGAGAUGGCGAUGGCGGCGCGCCGCCUCGAGUCGACUCACGGGCCACGCGAGGCGGGGCCACAAGGGCACGGAGAUGGAGACGGAGGGGUGCGUGGGGCUCAGUGCGGCGCCGAGAUGGCGAUGGCGGCGCGCCGCCUCGAGUCGACUCACGGGCCACGCGAGGCGGGGCCACAAGGGCACGGAGAUGGAGACGGAGGGGUGCGUGGGGCUCAGUGCGGCGCCGAGAUGGCGAUGGCGGCGCGCCGCCUCGAGUCGACUCACGGGCCACGCGAGGCGGGGCCACAAGGGCACGGAGAUGGAGACGGAGGGGUGCGUGGGGCUCAGUGCGGCGCCGAGAUGGCGAUGGCGGCGCGCCGCCUCGAGUCGACUCACGGGCCACGCGAGGCGGGGCCACAAGGGCACGGAGAUGGAGACGGAGGGGUGCGUGGGGCUCAGUGCGGCGCCGAGAUGGCGAUGGCGGCGCGCCGCCUCGAGUCGACUCACGGGCCACGCGAGGCGGGGCCACAAGGGCACGGAGAUGGAGACGGAGGGGUGCGUGGGGCUCAGUGCGGCGCCGAGAUGGCGAUGGCGGCGCGCCGCCUCGAGUCGACUCACGGGCCACGCGAGGCGGGGCCACAAGGGCACGGAGAUGGAGACGGAGGGGUGCGUGGGGCUCAGUGCGGCGCCGAGAUGGCGAUGGCGGCGCGCCGCCUCGAGUCGACUCACGGGCCACGCGAGGCGGGGCCACAAGGGCACGGAGAUGGAGACGGAGGGGUGCGUGGGGCUCAGUGCGGCGCCGAGAUGGCGAUGGCGGCGCGCCGCCUCGAGUCGACUCACGGGCCACGCGAGGCGGGGCCACAAGGGCACGGAGAUGGAGACGGAGGGGUGCGUGGGGCUCAGUGCGGCGCCGAGAUGGCGAUGGCGGCGCGCCGCCUCGAGUCGACUCACGGGCCACGCGAGGCGGGGCCACAAGGGCACGGAGAUGGAGACGGAGGGGUGCGUGGGGCUCAGUGCGGCGCCGAGAUGGCGAUGGCGGCGCGCCGCCUCGAGUCGACUCACGGGCCACGCGAGGCGGGGCCACAAGGGCACGGAGAUGGAGACGGAGGGGUGCGUGGGGCUCAGUGCGGCGCCGAGAUGGCGAUGGCGGCGCGCCGCCUCGAGUCGACUCACGGGCCACGCGAGGCGGGGCCACAAGGGCACGGAGAUGGAGACGGAGGGGUGCGUGGGGCUCAGUGCGGCGCCGAGAUGGCGAUGGCGGCGCGCCGCCUCGAGUCGACUCACGGGCCACGCGAGGCGGGGCCACAAGGGCACGGAGAUGGAGACGGAGGGGUGCGUGGGGCUCAGUGCGGCGCCGAGAUGGCGAUGGCGGCGCGCCGCCUCGAGUCGACUCACGGGCCACGCGAGGCGGGGCCACAAGGGCACGGAGAUGGAGACGGAGGGGUGCGUGGGGCUCAGUGCGGCGCCGAGAUGGCGAUGGCGGCGCGCCGCCUCGAGUCGACUCACGGGCCACGCGAGGCGGGGCCACAAGGGCACGGAGAUGGAGACGGAGGGGUGCGUGGGGCUCAGUGCGGCGCCGAGAUGGCGAUGGCGGCGCGCCGCCUCGAGUCGACUCACGGGCCACGCGAGGCGGGGCCACAAGGGCACGGAGAUGGAGACGGAGGGGUGCGUGGGGCUCAGUGCGGCGCCGAGAUGGCGAUGGCGGCGCGCCGCCUCGAGUCGACUCACGGGCCACGCGAGGCGGGGCCACAAGGGCACGGAGAUGGAGACGGAGGGGUGCGUGGGGCUCAGUGCGGCGCCGAGAUGGCGAUGGCGGCGCGCCGCCUCGAGUCGACUCACGGGCCACGCGAGGCGGGGCCACAAGGGCACCGAGAUGGAGACGGAGGGGUGCGUGGGGCUCAGUGCGGCGCCGAGAUGGCGAUGGCGGCGCGCCGCCUCGAGUCGACUCACGGGCCACGCGAGGCGGGGCCACAAGGGCACCGAGAUGGAGACGGAGGGGUGCGUGGGGCUCAGUGCGGCGCCGAGAUGGCGAUGGCGGCGCGCCGCCUCGAGUCGACUCACGGGCCACGCGAGGCGGGGCCACAAGGGCACGGAGAUGGAGACGGAGGGGUGCGUGGGGCUCAGUGCGGCGCCGAGAUGGCGAUGGCGGCGCGCCGCCUCGAGUCGACUCACGGGCCACGCGAGGCGGGGCCACAAGGGCACCGAGAUGGAGACGGAGGGGUGCGUGGGGCUCAGUGCGGCGCCGAGAUGGCGAUGGCGGCGCGCCGCCUCGAGUCGACUCACGGGCCACGCGAGGCGGGGCCACAAGGGCACCGAGAUGGAGACGGAGGGGUGCGUGGGGCUCAGUGCGGCGCCGAGAUGGCGAUGGCGGCGCGCCGCCUCGAGUCGACUCACGGGCCACGCGAGGCGGGGCCACAAGGGCACCGAGAUGGAGACGGAGGGGUGCGUGGGGCUCAGUGCGGCGCCGAGAUGGCGAUGGCGGCGCGCCGCCUCGAGUCGACUCACGGGCCACGCGAGGCGGGGCCACAAGGGCACCGAGAUGGAGACGGAGGGGUGCGUGGGGCUCAGUGCGGCGCCGAGAUGGCGAUGGCGGCGCGCCGCCUCGAGUCGACUCACGGGCCACGCGAGGCGGGGCCACAAGGGCACCGAGAUGGAGACGGAGGGGUGCGUGGGGCUCAGUGCGGCGCCGAGAUGGCGAUGGCGGCGCGCCGCCUCGAGUCGACUCACGGGCCACGCGAGGCGGGGCCACAAGGGCACCGAGAUGGAGACGGAGGGGUGCGUGGGGCUCAGUGCGGCGCCGAGAUGGCGAUGGCGGCGCGCCGCCUCGAGUCGACUCACGGGCCACGCGAGGCGGGGCCACAAGGGCACCGAGAUGGAGACGGAGGGGUGCGUGGGGCUCAGUGCGGCGCCGAGAUGGCGAUGGCGGCGCGCCGCCUCGAGUCGACUCACGGGCCACGCGAGGCGGGGCCACAAGGGCACGGAGAUGGAGACGGAGGGGUGCGUGGGGCUCAGUGCGGCGCCGAGAUGGCGAUGGCGGCGCGCCGCCUCGAGUCGACUCACGGGCCACGCGAGGCGGGGCCACAAGGGCACGGAGAUGGAGACGGAGGGGUGCGUGGGGCUCAGUGCGGCGCCGAGAUGGCGAUGGCGGCGCGCCGCCUCGAGUCGACUCACGGGCCACGCGAGGCGGGGCCACAAGGGCACCGAGAUGGAGACGGAGGGGUGCGUGGGGCUCAGUGCGGCGCCGAGAUGGCGAUGGCGGCGCGCCGCCUCGAGUCGACUCACGGGCCACGCGAGGCGGGGCCACAAGGGCACCGAGAUGGAGACGGAGGGGUGCGUGGGGCUCAGUGCGGCGCCGAGAUGGCGAUGGCGGCGCGCCGCCUCGAGUCGACUCACGGGCCACGCGAGGCGGGGCCACAAGGGCACCGAGAUGGAGACGGAGGGGUGCGUGGGGAUCAGUGCGGCGCCGAGAUGGCGAUGGCGGCGCGCCGCCUCGAGUCGACUCACGGGCCACGCGAGGCGGGGCCACAAGGGCACCGAGAUGGAGACGGAGGGGUGCGUGGGGCUCAGUGCGGCGCCGAGAUGGCGAUGGCGGCGCGCCGCCUCGAGUCGACUCACGGGCCACGCGAGGCGGGGCCACAAGGGCACCGAGAUGGAGACGGAGGGGUGCGUGGGGCUCAGUGCGGCGCCGAGAUGGCGAUGGCGGCGCGCCGCCUCGAGUCGACUCACGGGCCACGCGAGGCGGGGCCACAAGGGCACCGAGAUGGAGACGGAGGGGUGCGUGGGGCUCAGUGCGGCGCCGAGAUGGCGAUGGCGGCGCGCCGCCUCGAGUCGACUCACGGGCCACGCGAGGCGGGGCCACAAGGGCACCGAGAUGGAGACGGAGGGGUGCGUGGGGCUCAGUGCGGCGCCGAGAUGGCGAUGGCGGCGCGCCGCCUCGAGUCGACUCACGGGCCACGCGAGGCGGGGCCACAAGGGCACGGAGAUGGAGACGGAGGGGUGCGUGGGGCUCAGUGCGGCGCCGAGAUGGCGAUGGCGGCGCGCCGCCUCGAGUCGACUCACGGGCCACGCGAGGCGGGGCCACAAGGGCACGGAGAUGGAGACGGAGGGGUGCGUGGGGCUCAGUGCGGCGCCGAGAUGGCGAUGGCGGCGCGCCGCCUCGAGUCGACUCACGGGCCACGCGAGGCGGGGCCACAAGGGCACCGAGAUGGAGACGGAGGGGUGCGUGGGGCUCAGUGCGGCGCCGAGAUGGCGAUGGCGGCGCGCCGCCUCGAGUCGACUCACGGGCCACGCGAGGCGGGGCCACAAGGGCACCGAGAUGGAGACGGAGGGGUGCGUGGGGCUCAGUGCGGCGCCGAGAUGGCGAUGGCGGCGCGCCGCCUCGAGUCGACUCACGGGCCACGCGAGGCGGGGCCACAAGGGCACCGAGAUGGAGACGGAGGGGUGCGUGGGGCUCAGUGCGGCGCCGAGAUGGCGAUGGCGGCGCGCCGCCUCGAGUCGACUCACGGGCCACGCGAGGCGGGGCCACAAGGGCACCGAGAUGGAGACGGAGGGGUGCGUGGGGCUCAGUGCGGCGCCGAGAUGGCGAUGGCGGCGCGCCGCCUCGAGUCGACUCACGGGCCACGCGAGGCGGGGCCACAAGGGCACCGAGAUGGAGACGGAGGGGUGCGUGGGGCUCAGUGCGGCGCCGAGAUGGCGAUGGCGGCGCGCCGCCUCGAGUCGACUCACGGGCCACGCGAGGCGGGGCCACAAGGGCACCGAGAUGGAGACGGAGGGGUGCGUGGGGCUCAGUGCGGCGCCGAGAUGGCGAUGGCGGCGCGCCGCCUCGAGUCGACUCACGGGCCACGCGAGGCGGGGCCACAAGGGCACCGAGAUGGAGACGGAGGGGUGCGUGGGGCUCAGUGCGGCGCCGAGAUGGCGAUGGCGGCGCGCCGCCUCGAGUCGACUCACGGGCCACGCGAGGCGGGGCCACAAGGGCACCGAGAUGGAGACGGAGGGGUGCGUGGGGCUCUGUGCGGCGCCGAGAUGGCGAUGGCGGCGCGCCGCCUCGAGUCGACUCACGGGCCACGCGAGGCGGGGCCACAAGGGCACCGAGAUGGAGACGGAGGGGUGCGUGGGGCUCUGUGCGGCGCCGAGAUGGCGAUGGCGGCGCGCCGCCUCGUGUCGACUCACGGGCCACGCGAGGCGGGGCCACAAGGGCACCGAGAUGGAGACGGAGGGGUGCGUGGGGCUCUGUGCGGCGCCGAGAUGGCGAUGGCGGCGCGCCGCCUCGAGUCGACUCACGGGCCACGCGAGGCGGGGCCACAAGGGCACCGAGAUGGAGACGGAGGGGUGCGUGGGGCUCAGUGCGGCGCCGAGACGGCGAUGGCGGCGCGCCGCCUCGAGUCGACUCACGGGCCACGCGAGGCGGGGCCACAAGGGCACCGAGAUGGAGACGGAGGGGUGCGUGGGGCUCAGUGCGGCGCCGAGACGGCGAUGGCGGCGCGCCGCCUCGAGUCGACUCACGGGCCACGCGAGGCGGGGCCACAAGGGCACCGAGAUGGAGACGGAGGGGUGCGUGGGGCUCAGUGCGGCGCCGAGACGGCGAUGGCGGCGCGCCGCCUCGAGUCGACUCACGGGCCACGCGAGGCGGGGCCACAAGGGCACCGAGAUGGAGACGGAGGGGUGCGUGGGGCUCAGUGCGGCGCCGAGACGGCGAUGGCGGCGCGCCGCCUCGAGUCGACUCACGGGCCACGCGAGGCGGGGCCACAAGGGCACCGAGAUGGAGACGGAGGGGUGCGUGGGGCUCAGUGCGGCGCCGAGACGGCGAUGGCGGCGCGCCGCCUCGAGUCGACUCACGGGCCACGCGAGGCGGGGCCACAAGGGCACCGAGAUGGAGACGGAGGGGUGCGUGGGGCUCAGUGCGGCGCCGAGAUGGCGAUGGCGGCGCGCCGCCUCGAGUCGACUCACGGGCCACGCGAGGCGGGGCCACAAGGGCACCGAGAUGGAGACGGAGGGGUGCGUGGGGCUCAGUGCGGCGCCGAGAUGGCGAUGGCGGCGCGCCGCCUCGAGUCGACUCACGGGCCACGCGAGGCGGGGCCACAAGGGCACCGAGAUGGAGACGGAGGGGUGCGUGGGGCUCAGUGCGGCGCCGAGAUGGCGAUGGCGGCGCGCCGCCUCGAGUCGACUCACGGGCCACGCGAGGCGGGGCCACAAGGGCACCGAGAUGGAGACGGAGGGGUGCGUGGGGCUCAGUGCGGCGCCGAGAUGGCGAUGGCGGCGCGCCGCCUCGAGUCGACUCACGGGCCACGCGAGGCGGGGCCACAAGGGCACCGAGAUGGAGACGGAGGGGUGCGUGGGGCUCAGUGCGGCGCCGAGAUGGCGAUGGCGGCGCGCCGCCUCGAGUCGACUCACGGGCCACGCGAGGCGGGGCCACAAGGGCACCGAGAUGGAGACGGAGGGGUGCGUGGGGCUCAGUGCGGCGCCGAGAUGGCGAUGGCGGCGCGCCGCCUCGAGUCGACUCACGGGCCACGCGAGGCGGGGCCACAAGGGCACCGAGAUGGAGACGGAGGGGUGCGUGGGGCUCAGUGCGGCGCCGAGAUGGCGAUGGCGGCGCGCCGCCUCGAGUCGACUCACGGGCCACGCGAGGCGGGGCCACAAGGGCACCGAGAUGGAGACGGAGGGGUGCGUGGGGCUCAGUGCGGCGCCGAGAUGGCGAUGGCGGCGCGCCGCCUCGAGUCGACUCACGGGCCACGCGAGGCGGGGCCACAAGGGCACCGAGAUGGAGACGGAGGGGUGCGUGGGGCUCAGUGCGGCGCCGAGAUGGCGAUGGCGGCGCGCCGCCUCGAGUCGACUCACGGGCCACGCGAGGCGGGGCCACAAGGGCACCGAGAUGGAGACGGAGGGGUGCGUGGGGCUCAGUGCGGCGCCGAGAUGGCGAUGGCGGCGCGCCGCCUCGAGUCGACUCACGGGCCACGCGAGGCGGGGCCACAAGGGCACCGAGAUGGAGACGGAGGGGUGCGUGGGGCUCAGUGCGGCGCCGAGAUGGCGAUGGCGGCGCGCCGCCUCGAGUCGACUCACGGGCCACGCGAGGCGGGGCCACAAGGGCACCGAGAUGGAGACGGAGGGGUGCGUGGGGCUCAGUGCGGCGCCGAGAUGGCGAUGGCGGCGCGCCGCCUCGAGUCGACUCACGGGCCACGCGAGGCGGGGCCACAAGGGCACCGAGAUGGAGACGGAGGGGUGCGUGGGGCUCAGUGCGGCGCCGAGAUGGCGAUGGCGGCGCGCCGCCUCGAGUCGACUCACGGGCCACGCGAGGCGGGGCCACAAGGGCACCGAGAUGGAGACGGAGGGGUGCGUGGGGCUCAGUGCGGCGCCGAGGGCACCGAGAUGGAGACGGAGGGGUGCGUGGGGCUCAGUGCGGCGCCGAGAUGGCGAUGGAGGCGCGCCGCCUCGAGUCGACUCACGGGCCACGUGAGGCGGGGCCACAAGGGCACCGAGAUGGAGACGGAGGGGUGCGUGGGGCUCAGUGCGGCGCCGAGAUGGCGAUGGCGGCGCGCCGCCUCGAGUCGACUCACGGGCCACGUGAGGCGGAGCCACAAGGGCACCGAGAUGGAGAUAAAGAGGUUGGGAGAAGGUGCAUGUGAAGUGGAGACGUUUAGGGGGGAAACGUUUGGUGGGCGCAGGUUGGGAGAAGGUGCGUAUGAAGGGGAGACGCUAGGGGGGGAGACGUUUGGGGGGCGCAUGUUGGGAGAAGGUGCGUGUGAAGGGGAGACGUUUAGGGGGGAGACGUUUGUGGGGCGCAGGUUGGGAGAAGGUUUGUGUGAAGGGGAGACGUUUAGGGUGGAGACGUUUGUGGGGCGCAGGUUAGGAGAAGGUGCAUGUGAAGGGGAGACGUUUAGGAGGGAGACGUUUGUGGGGCGCAGGUUGGGAGAAGGUGUGUGUGAAGGGGAGACGUUUAGGGGGGAGACGUUUGUCGGGCGCAGGUUGGGAGAAAGUGCGUGUGAAGGGGAGACGUUUAGGGGGGAGACGUUUGUGGGGCGCAGGUUCGGAGAAGGUGCGUGUGAAGGGGAGACGUUUGUGGGGCGCAAGUUGGGAGAAGGUGCGUGUGAAGGGGAGACGUUUAGGGGAAAGACGUUUGUGGGGCGCCUUAUGGGAGAAGGUGCAUGUGAAGGGGAGACGUUUAGGGGACAGACAUUUGUCGGGCGCAGGUUGGGAGAAGGUGCGUGUGAAGGGGAGACGUUAAGGGGGGAGACGUUUGUGGGGCGCAGGUUGGGGGAAGAUGCGUGUGAAGGGGAGACGUUUGUGGGGCGCAAGUUGGGAGAAGGUGCAUGUGAAGGGGAGACGUUUAGGGGGGAGACGUUUGUGGGGCGCAGGUUGGGAGAAGGUACAUGUGAAGGGGAGACGUUUAGGGGGGAGACGUUUGUGGGGUGCAGGUUGGGAGAAGGUGCAUGUGAAGUGGAGACGUUUAGGGGGGAGACGUUUGUGGGGCGCAGGUUCGGAGAAGGUGCGUGUGAAGGAGAGACGUUUAGGGGGGAGACGCUUGUGGGGCGCAGGUUCGGAGAAGGUGCGUGUGAAGGGGAGACGUUUAGGGGGGAGACGUUUGUGGGGCGUAGGUUGGGAGAAGGUACAUGUGAAGAGGAGAUGUUUAGGGGGGAGACGUUUGUGGGGAACAGGUUGGGAGAAGGUGCAUGUGAAGUGGAGACGUUUAGGGGGGAGACGUUCGGUGGGCGCAGGUUGGGAGAAGGUGUGUAUGAAGAAAAAACGUUUGGGGGGGAGACGUUUGGGGGGCGUAUGUUGGGAGAAGGUGCGUAUGAAGGGGAGACGUUUAGGGGGGAGACGUUUGUCGGGCGCAGGUUAGGAGAAGGUGCGUGUGAAGGGGAGACGUUUAGGGGGGAGACGUUUGUCGGGUGCAGGUUGGGAGAAGGUGCGUGUGAAGGGGAGACGUUUUGGGGGGAGACGUUUGUGGGGCGCAGGUUCAGAGAAGGUGUGUGUGAAGGGGAGAUGUUUUGGGGGGAGAUGUUUGUGGGGCGCAGGUUCGGAGAAGGUGCGUGUGAAGGGGAGACGUUUAGGGGGGAGACGUUUGUGGGGCGCAGGUUGAGAGAAGGUGCGUGUGAGGGGGAGAUGUUCAGGGGGGAGACGUUUGGGGGGCGCAUGUUGGGAGAAGGUGCGUGUGAAAGGGAGACGUUUAUGAGGGAGACGUUUGUGGGGCGCACGUUGGGAGAAGGGGCGUGUGAAGGGGAGACGUUUACGGGGAAGACGUUUGUGGGCCGCAGGUUGGGAGAAGGUGCGUGUGAAGGGGAGACCUUUGUGCGGCGCAGGUUCGGAGAAGGUGCGUGUGAAGGUGAGACACAUAGGGGGGAGACGUUUGUGGGGCGCAAGUUGGGAGAAGGUGCGUGUGAAGGGGAGACGUUUAGGGGGGAGACGUUUGUGGGGCGCAGGUUGGGAGAAGGUACAUGUGAAGGGGAGACGUUUAGGGGGGAGACGUUUGUGGGGUGCAGGUUGGGAGAAGGUGCAUGUGAAGUGGAGACGUUUAGGGGGGAGACAUUUGGUGGGCGUAGGUUGGGAGAAGGUGCGUAUGAAGGGGAGACGUUUGGGGGGGAGACGUUUGGGGGGCACAUGUUGGGAGAAGGUGCGUGUGAAGGGGAGACGUUUAGGGGGGGAGACGUUUGUGGGGCGCAAGUUGGGUUUGGAGAAGGUGCGUGUGAAGGGGAGACGUUUAGGGGGAAGACGCUUGUGGGGCGCAGGUUCGGAGAAGGUGCGUGUGAAGGGGAGACGUUUAUGGGGGAGACGUUUGUGGGGCGUAGGUUAGGAGAAGGCACAUGUGAAGAGGAGAUGUUUAGGGGGGAGACGUUUGUGGGGAACAGGUUGGGAGAAGGGGCAUGUGAUGUGGAGACGUUUAGGGGGGAGACGUUCGGUGGGCGCAGGUUGGGAGAAGGUGUGUAUGAAGGGGAGACAUUUAGGGGGGAGACGUUUGUGGGGCGCAGGUUAGGAGAAGGUGCGUGUGAAGGGGAGACGUUUAGGGGGGAGACGUUUGUCGGGUGCAGGUUGGGAGAAGGUGCAUGUGAAGGGGAGACGUUUUGGGGGGAGACGUUUGUGGGGCGCAGGUUCGGAGAAGGUGCGUGUGAAGGGGAGACGUUUUGGGGGGAGACGUUUGUGGGGCGCAGGUUCGGAGAAGGUGCGUGUGAAGGGGAGACGUUAAGGGGGGAGACGUUUGUGGGGCGCAGGUUCGGAGAAGGUGCGUGUGAAGGGGAGACGUUUAGGGAGGAGACGUUUGUGGGGCGCAGGUUCGGAGAAGGUGCGUGUGAAGGGGAGACGUUUAGGGGGGAGACGUUUGUAGGGCGCAGGUUGGGAGAAGGUGCGUAUGAAGUUGAGACAUUUGUGGGGCGCAAGUUGGGAGAAGGUGCGUGUGAAGGGGAGACGUUUAGGGGGGAGACGUUUGUGGGGCGCAGGUUGAGAGAAGGUGCGUGUGAGGGGGAGAUGUUUGGGGGGCGCAUGUUGGGAGAAGGUGCGUGUGAAAGGGAGACGUUUAUGAGGGAGACGUUUGUGGGGCGCACGUUGGGAGAAGGGGCGUGUGAAGGGGAGACGUUUACGGAGAAGACGUUUGUGGGCCACAGGUUCGGAGAAGGUGCGUGUGAAGGGGAGACGUUUGUGGGGCGCAAGUUGGGAGAAGGUGCGUGUGAAGGGGAGACGUUUAGGGGGGAGACAUUUGUCGGGCGCAGGUUGGGAGAAGGUGCGUGUGAAGGGGAGACGUUCAGGGGGGGGGCGUUUGUGGGGAGCAGGUUCGGAGAAGGUGCGUGUGAAGGUGAGACACUUAGGGGGGAGACGUUUGUGGGGCGCAGGUUGGGGGAAGAUGCGUGUGAAGGGGAGACGUUUGCGGGGCGCAAGUUGGGAGAAGGUGCGUGUGAAGGGGAGACGUUUAGGGGGGAGACGUUUGUGGGGCGCAGGUUGGGAGAAGGUACAUGUGAAGGGGAGACGUUUAGAGGGGAGACGUUUGUUGGGUGCAGGUUGGGAGAAGGUGCAUGUGAAGUGGAGACGUUUAGGGGGGAGACGUUUGGUGGGCGCAGGUUGGGAGAAGGUGUGUAUGAAGGGAAGACGUUUGGGGGGGAGACGUUUGGGGGGCACAUGUUGGGUGAAGGUGCGUCUGAAGGGGAGAUGUUUAGGGGGGAGACGUUUGUCGCGCGGAGGUUGGGAGAAAGUGCGUGUGAAGGGGAGACGUUUAGGGGGGAGACGUUUGUGGGGCGCAGGUUCGGAGAAGGUGCGUGUGAAGGGGAGACGUUUAGGGGGGAGACGCUUGUGGGGCGCAGGUUCGGAGAAGGUGCGUGUGAAGGGGAGACGUUUAUGGGGGAGACGUUUGUGGGGCGUAGGUUGGGAGAAGGUACAUGUGAAGAGGAGAUGUUUAGGGGGGAGACGUUUGUGGGGAACAGGUUGGGAGAAGGUGCAUGUGAAGUGGAGAUGUUUAGGGGGGAGACGUUCGGUGGGCGCAGGUUGGGAGAAGGUGUGUAUGAAGGGGAAACGUUUGGGGGGGAGACGUUUCGGGGGCGUAUGUUGGGAGAAGGUGCGUAUGAAGGGGAGACAUUUAGGGGGGAGACGUUUGUGGGGCGCAGGUUAGGAGAAGGUGCGUGUGAAGGAGAGACGUUUAGGGGGGAGACGUUUGUCGGGUGCAGGUUGGGAGAAGGUGCGUGUGAAGGGGAGACGUUUUGGGGGGAGACGUUUGUGGGGCGCAGGUUCGGAGAAGGUGCGUGUGAAGGGGAGACGUUUCGGGGGGAGACGUUUGUGGGGCGCAGGUUCGGAGAAGGUGCGUGUGAAGGGGAGCCAUUUAGGGGGGAGACGUUUGUGGGGCGCAGGUUCGGAGAAGGUGCGUGUGAAGGGGAGACGUUUAGGGGGGAGACGUUUGUAGGGCGCAGGUUGGGAGAAGGUGCGUAUGAAGGGGAGACAUUUGUGGGGCGCAAGUUGGGAGAAGGUGCGUGUGAAGGGGAGACGUUUAGGGGGGAGACGUUUGUGGGGCGCAGGUUCGGAGAAGGUGCGUGUGAAGGGGAUACGUUUAGGGGGAAGACGUUUGUGGGCCGCAGGUUCAGAGAAGGUGCGUGUGAGGGGGAGAUGUUUGGGGGGCGCAUGUUGGGAGAAGGUGCGUGUGAAAGGGAGACGUUUAUGAGGGAGACGUUUGUGGGGCGCACGUUGGGAGAAGGGGCGUGUGAAGGGGAGACGUUUACGGGGAAGACGUUUGUGGGCCGCAGGUUGGAAGAGGGGGCGUGUGAAGGGGAGACGUUUAGAGGGGAGACGUUUGUGGCGCGCAGUUUCGGAGAAGGUGCGUGUGAAGGGGAGACGUUUAGGGGGGGGACGUUUGUGGGGCGCAGGUUAGGAGAAGGUGCGUGUAAAGGGGAGACGUUUAGGGGGGAGACGUUUGUCGGGCGCAGUUUGGGAGAAAGUGCGUGUGAAGGGGAGACGUUUGGAGGGAAGACGUUUGUGGGGCGCAGGUUGGGAAGGGGUGCGUGUGAAGGGGAGACGUUUAGGGGGGAGACGUUUGUGGGGCGCAGGUUGGGAGAAUGUGCGUGUGAAGGGGAGACGUUUAGGGGGGAGACGAUUGUGGGGCGCAGGUUCGGAGAAGGUGCGUGUGAAGGGGAGACGUUUUGGGGGGAGACGUUUGUGGGACGCAGGUUCGGAGAAGGUGCGUGUGAAGGGGAGACGUUUUGGGGGGAGACGUUUGUGGGGCGCAGGUUCGGAGAAGGUGCGUGUGAAGGGGAGACGUUUAGGCGGGAGACGUUUGUGGGGCGCAGGUUCGGAGAAGGUGCGUGUGAAGGGGAGACGUUUAGGGAGGAGACGUUUGUGGGGCGCAGGUUCGGAGAAGGUGCGUGUGAAGGGGAGACGUUUAGGGGGGAGACGUUUGUAGGGCGCAGGUUGGGAGAAGGUGCGUAUGAAGGGGAGACAUUUGUGGGGCGCAAGUUGGGAGAAGGUGCGUGUGAAGGGGAGACGUUUAGGGGGGAGACGGGGCGCAGGUUGAGAGAAGGUGCGUGUGAGGGGGAGACGUUUGGGGGGCGCAUGUUGGGAGAAGGUGCGUGUGAAAGGGAGACGUUUAUGAGGGAGACGUUUGUGGGGCGCACGUUGGGAGAAGGGGCGUGUGAAGGGGAGACGUUUACGGGGAAGACGUUUGUGGGCCGCAGGUUUGGAGAAGGUGCGUGUGAAGGGGAGACGUUUGUGGGGCGCAAGUUGGGAGAAGGUGCGUGUGAAGGGGAGACGUUUAGGGGAAAGACGUUUGUGGGGCGCCUUAUGGGAGAAGGUGCAUGUGAAGGGGAGACGUUGGAAGAGGGUGCGUGUGAAGGGGAGACGUUUAGGGGGGAGACGUUUGUGGCGCGCAGUUUCGGAGAAGGUGCGUGUGAAGGGGAGACGUUUUGGGGGGAGACGUUUGUGGGGCGCAGGUUCGGAGAAGGUGCGUGUGAAGGGGAGACGUUUGUGGGGCGCAAGUUGGGAGAAGGUGCGUAUGAAGGGGAGACGUUUAGGGGGGAGACGUUUGUGGGGCGCAGGUUGGGAGAAGGUGCAUGUGAAGUGGAGACGUUUAGGGGGGAAACGUUUGGUGGGCGCAGGUUGGGAGAAGGUGCGUAUGAAGGGGAGACGUUAGGGGGGGAGACGUUUGGGGGACGCAUGUUGGGAGAAGGUGCGUGUGAAGGGGAGACGUUUAGGGGGGAGACGUUUGUGGGCCGCAGGUUGGGAGAAGGUUUGUGUGAAGGGGAGACGUUUAGGGCGGAGACGUUUGUGGGGCGCAAGUUAGGAGAAGGUGCAUGUGAAGGGGAGACGUUUAGGGGAGAGACGUUUCUGGGGCGCAGGUUUGGAGAAUGUGCGUGUGAAGGGGAGACGUUUAGGGGGGAGACGAUUGUGGGGCGCAGGUUCGGAGAAGGUGCGUGUGAAGGGGAGACGUUUUGGGGGGAGACGUUUGUGGGGCGCAGGUUCGGAGAAGGUGCGUGUGAAGGGGAGACGUUUGUGGGGCGCAAGUUGGGAGAAGGUGCGUGUGAAGGGGAGACGUUUAAGGGGGAGACGUUUGUGGGGCGCAGGUUGGGAGAAGGUGCAUGUGAAGUGGAGACGUUUAGGGGGGAAACGUUUGGUGGGCGCAGGUUGGGAGAAGGUGCGUAUGAAGGGGAGACGUUAGGGGGGGAGACGUUUGGGGAGCGCAUGUUGGGAGAAGGUGCGUUUGAAGGGGAGUCGUUUAGGGGGGAGACGUUUGUGGGGCGCAGGUUGGGAGAAAGUGCGUGUGAAGGGGAGACGUUUGGAGGGGAGACGUUUGUGGGGCGCAGGUUCGGAGAAGGUGCGUGUGAAGGGGAGACGUUUGUGGGGCGCAAGUUGGGAGAAGGUGCGUGUGAAGGGGAGACGUUUAGGGGGGAGACGUUUGUGGGGCGAAGGUUGGGAGAAAUUGCGUGUGAAGGGGAGACGUUUGGAGGGGAGACGUUUGUGGGGCGCAGGUUCGGAGAAGGUGCGUGUGAAGGGGAGACGUUUGUGGGGCGCAAGUUGGGAGAAGGUGCGUGUGAAGGGGAGACGUUUAAGGGGGAGACGUUUGUGGGGCGCAGGUUGGGAGAAGGUGCAUGUGAAGUGGAGACGUUUAGGGGGGAAACGUUUGGUGGGCGCAGGUUGGGAGAAGGUGCGUAUGAAGGGGAGACGUUAGGGGGGGAGACGUUUGGGGAGCGCAUGUUGGGAGAAGGUGCGUGUGAAGGGGAGUCGUUUAGGGGGGAGACGUUUGUGGGGCGCAGGUUGGGAGAAAGUGCGUGUGAAGGGGAGACGUUUGGAGGGGAGACGUUUGUGGGGCGCAGGUUCGGAGAAGGUGCGUGUGAAGGGGAGACGUUUGAGGGGGAGACAUUUGUGGGGCGCACGUUCGGAGAAGGUGCGUGUGAAGGGGAGACGUUUACGGGGUUGGGAGAAAGUGCGUGUGAAGGGGAGACGUUUGGAGGGGAGACGUUUGUGGAGCGCAGGUUCGGAGAAGGUGCGUGUGAAGGGGAGACGUUUGAGGGGGAUACAUUUGUGGGGCGCACGUUUGGAGAAGGUUCGGAGAAGGUGCGUGUGAAGGGGAUACGUUUACGGGGUAGACGUUUGUGGGCCGCAGGUUGGGAGAAGGUGCGUGUGAAAGGGAGACGUUCAGGGGGAGACGUUUGUGGGGCGCAGGUUAAGAGAAGGUUGGGAGAAGGUGCGUGUGAAGGGGAGACGUUUAGGGGGGAGACGUUUAGGGGGGAGACGUUUGUGGGGCGCAGGUUGGGAGAAGGUGCGUGUGAAGGGGAGACGUUUAGGUUGGGAGAAGGUGCGUGUGAAAGGGAGACGUUCAGGGGGGAGACGUUUGUGGGGCGCAGGUUCGGAGAAUAUGCGUGUGAAGGGGAGACGUUUACGAGGAAGAAGUUUGUGGGUCGCAGGUUGGGAAAAGGUGCGUAUGAAGGGGAGACGUUUGUGGGGCGCAAGUUGGGAGAAGGUGCGUGUGAAGGGGAGACGUUUAGGGGGGAGACGUUUGUGGGGCGCAGGUUGGGAGAAGGUGCAUGUGAAGUGGAGACGUUUAGGGGGGAGACGUUUCGUGGGCGCAGGUUGGGAGUAGGUGCGUAUGAAGGGGAGACGUUUGGGGGUGAGACGUUUGGGGGGCGCAUGUUGGGAGAAGGUGCUUAUGAAGGGGAGACGUUUGAGCGGGAGACGUUUGUGGGGCGCAGGUUGGGAGAAGGUGCGUGUGAAGGGGAGCCGUUUAGGGGGGAGACGUUUGUGGGGCGCAGGUUGGGAGAAGGUGCGUGUGAAGGGGAGACGUUUAGGGGGGAGACGUUUGUCGGGCGCAUGUUGGGAGAAAGUGCGUGUGAAGGGGAGACGUUUUGGGGGGAGACGUUUGUGGGGCGCACGUUCGGAGAAGGUUGGGAGAAAGUGCGUAUGAAGGGGAGACGUUUAGGUGGGGAGACGUUUGUGGGGCGCAGGUUGGAAGAGGGUGCGUGUGAAGGGGAGACGUUUAGGGGGGAGACGUUUGUGGCGCGCAGUUUCGGAGAAGGUGCAUGUGAAGGGGAGACGUUUAGGGGGGAGACGUUUGCGGGGCGCAUGUUCGGAGAAGGUACGUUGGGAGAAGGUGUGUAUGAAGGGGAGACGUUAGGGGGGGAGACGUUUGGGGGGCGCAUGUUGGGAGAAGGUGCGUGUGAAGGGGAGACGUUUAGGGGGGAGACGUUUGUGGGGCGCAGGUUGGGAGAAGGUGCGUGUGAAGGGGAGAUGUUUAGGGGGGAGACGUUUAGGUUGGGAGAAGGUGCGUGUGAAGGGGAGACGUUUAGGUUCGGAGAAGGUGCGUGUGAAGGAGAGACGUUUAGGGGGGAGACGUUUGUGGGGCGCAGGUUCGAAGAAGGUGCGUGUGAAGGGGAGUCGUUUAGGGGGGAGACGUUAUUGGGGCGCAUGUUGGGAGAAGGUGCGUGUGAAGGGGAGACGUUUAGGGGGGAGACGUUUGGGGGGCGCAUGCUGAGAAAAGGUGCGUGUGAAGGGGAGACGUUUAGGUUGGGAGAAGGUGCGUGUGAAAGGGAGACGUUCAAGGGGGAGACGUUUGUGGGGCGCAGGUUGGGGGAAUGUGCGUGCGAAGGGGAGACGUUUGUGGGGCGCAUGUUGGGAGAGGGUGCGUGUGAAGGGGAGACGUUUGUGGGGCGCAG